GCGCCGUCGGCACACACUCCUGCGCACACGCACACACUCCCUCACUCACGGAGGCUCGCAUCCAUUCAGCACUGGUGGAAAGCACUCUCAGAACGCGGGAGCAGAGAGGAGGGAGUGACGCUGUACAUCUCCUGCUGGCAAGACACCGGUCCUGGGGGAGAUGUUCCUCAUCCCUUAGGAGCACAACUUAACUUUUCCGGCCAUCGUUUUGGAAUACUUUAUUUGUUUUUCAUUUUUUGUGCACUUAGAACCAACACAGAUUCCAGUUGAAUAGGAUUUUUUUUUACCUUCCUAAGACAGUCCUCUUCCCACUGUUUGCUGUUUUUGAAGCUGAUUUUCGUCCUGCUCUGGUACACCUGUCUGCUGUUUGUCAUGGUUGGGAAAGUGGGGAUAGUCAUUCUGCUCUGUCUGGGCUCAGCUUCCAGUGAGCUCCGGGCAGCUGAUCAAGACUCACAGUCAGGAACUUUGGAUUUUGGGUUCGUUCCCUCCGGAGUUUACGAAACACAUGCCUAUUAUGAACCAGGACCCAUAGGGAUUCUCUUUCACAUGGUCCACGCUUUCUUGUAUGUGGUGCAACCCAACCCAUUCCCCAGAGAUCUCAUCACCAAACUAGCCAAAGAAAAGUAUGGAACGCUUCAAGCUCAGUAUCAGAAGGCCAUCUACUACGAGAUGGGCUUCGUGGUGUGUGCGGCGCUGGGCGCGCUGUUCGUGCUGCUCGUGCCCCUGGUCGGCCUCUGCUUCUGCAUGUGCCGCUGCUGCGACAACUGCGGCGGGGAGAUGCACCAGCGGCAGCGCAAGAACGCCGACUGCAAGCGGGGCUUCUUCACCGGCAUGCUCGCCGUCACCUCGUUCAUUAUCACAUUGGGGGUCCUGUGUGCGUACGCAGCCAAUCAGAACCUCAGCUCCCACGUCAAAAGCAUGAAGAGGCUAGUCGACACCAACAUGAGAGACCUCAAGCUGUUUGCCAAUGACAUUCCAGUGCAAAUUGACUAUGUUACUGCGCAGUACACUGUAGUCAAGAAAAAAGUCCUCUCUGACCUUGACAACAUUGGGGCCUUGCUUGGUAGUGGGAUUCACAGUCAGCUUGGCAAAGAGGUCCUCCCUGCCCUCGAUGGCGCGCUGAGCGUGACUGAAGCUAUGCAGGAGACCAGGGAGGCGCUAGAGAACGUGAGAACGGCACUGCACACCCUGCAGGACGGCACCGGCAAGCUCCAGGCAGAACUCAACGGUAUCCGCUCUAGUCUGAGACACACCCUAAAUGACCCGGCCUGCUUCGACAGUGCCGUCUCACACACCUGCAGCAACGUCCGCGGCACGCUCAGCCAGCUCGUCAUCGGGGCCAACUUCUCCGCGUUGCCAGACGUAAGUGGAGAACUUGCCCGUGUGGACGGCGUUCUCAAGACUGACCUGAGCAACAUUGUUCAGAAGGGGUAUUUAUCAUUUAACGACACCCACUCCCUGGUGAAGCAGCAGACGAAGGAUGUGGUUUCAGGUGCCCAGGACAUUCUGGAUGGCAUCAGCACCAACAUCGCCUCCUUCUCCAAGAUGUUCCCCAUCCACACCUCCAUGUACAACUUCACCGUCUACCUCACCCAGAGCCAGGUGAAGAUCGAGGUCUUCUACCCACAAAUCGAGCUGAUGGACUUCUACAGAUGGACGGGCUGCAUUGCUAUUUGCUGUUUGCUGGUGCUCAUCCUUUCCUUUAAUUUCCUGGGCCUGCUCUGUGGUUACUGUGGUUACGACAAGCACGCCUCGCCCACCACCCGCGGCUGCCUCUCCAACAUGGGCGGGAACCUGCUUAUGGCUGGUGCUGGCUUCAGUUUCAUCUUUUCCUGGGUGCUGAUGGGGGUGGUGACCGUCACGUUUGUUGUCGGGGGCAACGUGGAGAAACUCCUAUGCGAGCCCUUUGAGAACAGGGAACUCUUCAAGGUCAUAGACGCCCCAUAUGCGGCCAAUCCAGACAUGAAGAACUUCCUCCCAGGGAUGCUCUUCCAGAACCCUCAGAUCAACCUGACCCUAGAGAGUGUCUACAGUAACUGCAAAGAAGACAAGGGUGUUUUCUCUGCACUGAAGCUGGACAACAUUUUCCAUGUGAACAGGUUUUUGAACUCCAGUGUGUACACCAGGGACAUGGCCAGGGUCUUCGAAGACGUCAAAGUAGACCUGAAGGGUAUCGUCCUGCUCGAGCCGGCAGGAAGGCAGAAUCUUAUCAAUUUCGCCAACGCAGGUGUCGGUGAGAUCAACUACGCUGCCUUCCUGGCAGAGGUCAACAAAGGUGUGACGAGGGUGGAUUUGCUGGCAUUUGCCAGCAAACUGGAAGCUCUGGCCGACGAGCUGCCACGGGGGGCGCUAGAAAAUGCCCUGAAGGGCCACGCCACCAUCGUCCGGCAGAUCCACAGCCAGCGGGUGGUUCCCAUGGAGCAGGCCAUGAACACACUGAGUCAGAGCAUUGUGACACUGCAGAGGACAGCCAGCGACCUCCCUGCAAAAAUCACCAAUAUCCUGAACGCUAUUGAUGCGGCAGAAUAUCUGAUUACCCACAACGCAACGCAAGUGGUCAAGCAGGAAACCUCAAAGUAUAUCCUGAACAUUGUCGGCUACUUUAAACAGUAUAUAGAGUGGGCCAAGAAUUCAAUUGAACUAGAUGUGGGAGUCUGCAAACCUUUGAGCAACGUCAUGGACACUGCCGAUAUCAUCGCCUGUAGCUUCAUAGCAGACUCAGUGAAUGCCUUUUGGUUUGGGCUGGGCUGCUGUACAGUACUCCUCAUACCCAACAUUAUACUGUCCGUAAAGCUGGCCAAAUUCUAUCGCCGAAUGGACACUGAAGAUGUAUAUGAUGAUGUGACAAUACCCAUGAAAAUUAUGGAAAUUGGUAAUAAUGGUUAUCAUAAUCAGCAUUUGCAGUGUAUUCCCAACCCUGUAAUGGCCAGCGUCUCUACUUAUGAUACAAUGACUAGAUUUCCCCGCGCCUCAGCGCCGCCCAGGCAUGCGGACUGGUGAGCCCCCGACUGCUCAGCACCAUCAAUGGCAUGAACUGAGGCCCUCGUUGGGUUCCAGAUGGACCAAAAAAGAUAGAGGGAUGAGCUGCUGAAGAGGCCGUUGUUGAGGGUCUAGAUGUGCAAAGUCUCUCCCUCCCUGCACACUCUGUUACAGUGUCCUCUCCACUGCCUCUCCACUUUCAGAGGUGGAAAGUUCAGGUCCAGAAAGUACAAAUCCAGGCCAAGAUUUUGUUUCAACCCACCAGUUGAGUUACUCUAUGAAUGUCGCCCUUUAUUCUCAACUGGUUGGUUGAAACGAAGUCUUAGUCUGGAUUUGCACUUUCUGGACCUGAACUUUCCACCUCUGUCCAUUUUCAACGUCAACACUGAACCGCACCAGAAAUUCUUAGGUUGUGCGUGUGUGUUUUUUUUUUAAAGCUGAAACUCGUUUUUAUAUUCAAAGUGAGAUAAAACUUGAAGCCUGAGUAGGGAGUGGUGUCUAACGUACGUCACCGCUAGCAAUUACAGUCAAUUACAGUAUUUCAGAAUAUUUACCGGUGCAGUUACAUGACAAAACCAACAUGUACAUUUUGUAUGCUGUCAACUUUGGGAUCUGUCCCAAAUAUUUUGUUAAUAUUUGUUUUGUAAACCAUGUCCUUCGUAUUUAUGGUUCUUCUACUGUGUACAUCAUCCGCAUUUAGGAUACAGUUCUGGUUUUGCCGCACAAUGCACAAACGUUUCCAGUUCAGUUACAGUAACAGUGACUGCAGUGCUGUCUCAAAGAAAGUUUUACUUUACUUUUUUUUACUUUUUUUUUUUUUUUUUUUAGAGAAAUGAAUAAUAAUGAACUAAUUGGUAAAUAUGCACACUUUAAAAUCAAAGGCAAUCUUGGCUGAUUCCCGCAGCAUUUUCUUUAGAAACAGCUUGACUGUUGCCUUUAUUGUGAUAUUGGCAUAUACAUGUAUAUUGUGACAGAAUGGAAUAUUAUAAGCAUAGAUAUAAUUUUGCAUCGCAGAAAGAUUAGAUAUAACAAGCAUUCUGUCAUCUGUUGCCAGACAUAAUAAUAUUAAGCUAUUGAAAUUAAUUGAAUAAUUUUAGACAUAGGUUCAUCAACAUGACAUAUUUAUAUUGACUGUGAAAGUAACUAACUUAAUUUGGUGGUAUGAUACACUAAAGGGACAAUUUGAAGCCAAAAUGUUUUGUAUUGUAGCUCUGGGGUCUUUGAAGUUAGAUUACUGUAGGUGCUCUGAAGAAAGAAAAUAAUAUUCCAUAAAAUUUUUACAAAAUAGCAUAAUAGUGAAGAUUGACUACCAAAAAAAACCAACAAAUAUUUCUGAGCGGUAAUAGCAUAUUAUUUCUGGUUUAAUGUCAUGGAGAGGCACCCAGGCAUUCUCAAGAAUUAUUAUUAUAACAAAAUUAUUAUUAUUCAAAGCAAACUAGACACACAUGCUGUGUGUAAGACUGUUUUAGUCUGGGUGUCUCGUGUUCACCGCUCUUUGCGCCUGUUCAUUGAGGAUAGUCGUAUUCCACCUUACGACCUGAACCGCAAGCCAUGCAGUGACUCGGUGAAUGUUCAGGGCUUGAGCGCAAACUAGUAGCCAGUUUCUAACCAGUUUAAAACAGUACGGGACUGUUUUUAUUAAUUUAUGUAUUUGGGCUUCUGCUCAGAAAUCGGGAAAUGACUGCCACUGGAACUUGACACCACUGGAGUGUAAAAAAAAUGUGAAUAAAAAAAAUGUGAAUAAAGAA